CGUACGCGUGCUGCGCUGCGAAGUAACUAGCGCUAGCGAGCCACUUGGUCACCGCCAACCUUUUGCAAUGGACGUGUUGCAAGUAGAACUGUCAAUCUUUCGUCUCAUCUUCUUUCCUCUUUUGACACUCUGUGGACCAGUUGGUAAUACAGUUCCACUCUAUGCGACCAAAACUGGCUACGAUCUGUCUUUGGAAACCACUGAUUCCAUAAGAAACAGUCAAUUGCAUUGGUUGCAAUUGGCUGAAUCGACCGGAGCCAGCGUACCAGAAGGCCUGGAUAACUGCACACCAUACGGUGUGUAUACCGUCUACCGACACGGCACUCGCUACCCGAGCGAUGGGGACCUCGAAGAUGUGCAUAACAUCAUCGAGCGGCUUCGAAGCACGGACGUCAAUCCCGAAUUUCAGUACCUCCGGAAUGUGACUGAGGUCCCAAUAUCCAAUGCAUCUAUGCUAGCCGAUUCAGGGUGGAGUGAGAUGAGAGAACUGGCGGGCAGACUGAAGAAUCGCUUCCCUGAGCUGUUCCCGGACUCCGAUGUCGACCUGGGCCGCUACUCGUUCCAGAGCACGGGGAAGACACGCACCAUCGAUAGCGCUCGGGGUUACAUCGAAGGCGUGGUUGGAGAUGACCAAACUUGCCAGACCAACUACUCCGAGAGGGCCUUCACCGUCCGGUGUACCGAAAAUGCUGGAAGUCCAACCCCAACUUCGACAACCGUGCCGCAUAAUCCUAUCGAUAAUGACCCACUGUUGAGGUUUUACGAUAUCUGGGAGGAGUGCACGGAGGCUGUGAAUGGUGGGCGGACAAAACGAGAGCAAAACGAGUUCAGAGACGGGCCAGAGAUCGGGGAAGUUUGGCUGAGAGUUGCUCAGGAGCUAGCAGGCCCCGGAGAAGGUACUUGGGACAUUUCCAGAGAGGAAGUGAUCUUGCUCUCUGAAAUGUGUGGUUAUGACCGUGCCCUAUACAAUGACACUGAAACCUGGUGUAAACUGUUUGAAUUGGAAGACCUCUACGCCCCAGAAUACCACUCCGAGUUGAAGAAUUACUGGAACAAAGCUUAUGGGUUUAGCAUCAACUACAGAAUCAGUUGUACACUUGCUCAAGAUGCACUCAACUACCUGCAAGACAGGGUUAAUAGCCCUUUGCAAUCUCCUCUUGGCAACUUCAAAUUUGCACAUUCCGAAACAAUUGUGCCCCUCGUGGCACUCCUGGGCCUCUUUGACGACCCUCUACCACUCGUCGCUUCCAACUUUCGAGAGAACAUCAAUCGGACCUUUCGUGCUGCGCACAUGUCGCCGUUUGCAGGCAAUGUGGCAUUUGCUUUGUACGGCUGCACCUCUGACUCUGCGGUGACAUUCCGGGUACAAACCCUCCUCAACGAGAGUCCUGUACAGCUGGAUUUCUGCAAUGGUCAAUUCUGCUCCUUGGAGGAAUUCCGGACAGGGCUUGAAAGGGCAAUCGGCACAUGCAACUUUACCGAGGAAUGCGCUGAGGUUCUAUUGGAAGUCACGACGCAACAACCGGACAGUGGGGCUGACAUAACUUACUCUGUCUGUUUAAAUUUCCUUCUGGCUUAUGUUGCUUUGAUAGCUCUGUCUUUCACCAGGUUUGAUUAAGUCAACAAAACACUGGAUUGUUUAAAAUAACUCGCAAUAAAAUGAUGACAACAUUGACUUGCUGGACAGAGCUCAAAUAUGAAACUUACUAAUGUAUUAAACCACCAAAAAAGAAAAACAUACGUGUAUGUUGUAAAUAAAACUCAUAUUUUGGUUAAACUUAUAAUAGUUUGCAUAGGUGCUAUAAACCAAAAGCUUGCAUGAAAAUCAUAUUUUCCAUUACCUUUUAAUACAUAUAUGUAUAUUCUCCAAAAUAUUUUAGCUUGAUAUAUUAUAGUCGCUUAUUAUUUUGGGACAUUUGAGAAAUGUGUGUCAUUUAGUGGAGUUCAAAAUUUUUGUAAUAGUCUAUAAUUAUGUGCGAGUUGUAUUUUUAAAAAAAGCCCUGCUUACUAUUUUUAUCAAAUUUUUGCUUCCAUUUUAGUGUGUGUUAUUUCAGCCAAAGAAUGGAAAUUUGAGGUUUUUUAUUUUGAAAGGGUAAUUUUUCCGUAAAGUAGUCAAGUCAUAUGUAUGCCACGAAAUGGCCUCGUCAUGCAAGCAAGGUUAAGCGUUUAGUUAUUAAUUGUCAUAUAUUCCUAUGCCAGUAACUUUCUCAAAGUUGAUGACACGUAGUCUAAUUUAGAAACGUCAGUAGUGCCGAUAUUUACAGUGUUCCAGUCGAGUACCGUAUGGAUGUGUGAAUUGUAUUUUAUGACACCACGACCUUGCUUAUUGCUUUUUUGCUUUGUAUUGAAAUUUUUGCUUCCAUUCUAAAUGUGUCAUAUUUCAGCUAGAGAAAAAAAAAUUAAUUUGUUUAUUUUGAAAAAGGUAAUUUUAUCCUAAAGUAGUUAAGUGAUAUGUAUGCCACAAGACGGCCUUGUCACGCAAACAUGUCAAGUGUAUGUUUUCUUGAAUUGUCAAACUUUCAUUGCCAGCAACUUUGGGUGAAUGUAAUUGCAUGUGCUGCUAAUUAAGAAACACAGCAGUGUUGAUUUUUAGUGAUGUAGGCAAGUACAGUACCUUUCUGCCAAGUGUUAAGUACCAAGUUUACUUUCAAAUAGUGAACUGGUUUAGAGGGAACAAAGCCGAAAUCCUUGGAUGGUAGCUGCAUAAAUGCAAGAUGAUAAAAAAGAUAAAUUUAAAUCAUCACUGUGGAAAAGGAAUUCAUUUUUUUAAAAACAGUAUUCAAAAAGUAUCCAGCCGACUACUUUUCAAGUACUUUCGUCCUUAAAAUUUUUGUGCCAAAAACUGAAGUCUUACAUUUAUUUUGUUAACUUAGCUUGAUGUAUUUACAAUCCAGUAUCCAUUGUUCUGUAACUUUUCCUUCUUACCAAUUCAAUCUUUGGAAUGAAUUUGGCACUUGAAGAUACUAGGCUAUAGCAGGAUAUUUUUAUAUGUGUGUACCUACAUUCAGUACUACCCUUGUAGACAAAUAUUGCACACAGACUACAUGUACACUGUAUGUUGAUGCUGGUACUUGCAACUUUGGCUUUCUAUUUCCGAGUGCCGUACAUAUACCGUAAUUUAGCCUUGGCAGGAAUUUUUUUUCUAUCACAUCAACCCCAGGAUGUUCAGGAGAAUUUUGCUGGAUUGAGAAGAGAAGAGCGUAGUGGAGCCUGGCCAUUAUUACCCUAGAUAUCCUCUAAAGAUAAAGAAAGUGCCAUUAGUUCCUUUCACAACGGACAUGACGGAGGACUUUAGAGGAUCAUGAAAGCUACCAAGCUGAACUUGCCCCUGAAGUCUGUGUUAGAUAUUAUCCAGAUUGUUCAACGGUAAAUCAUCAAAGGAAAUUAGUAUAAUGCUGGUUAGUAAAACUGUAGAAAGGAAAAGGAUAUGGGUGCAGAUACCUACAUGAAGGCUUUGAAAGCCCAGUCAGUAUGGUGGAGAGGGGUUCGAACCCGGGCCACACAGGUGGAGAGGGGUUUGAACCCGGGCCACACAGGUGGAAAGCAAGAAUAGUGUUUAAAUGGCAACUGCAAAUAAAGUCAACCCAAACUACAUUUUUGACAAGUUGUUUGGGUAAGAGCACCCGCUUGCUAUUUUGCAAUCUUAUAUUCUAUAUCUUAUAAUUUCAUACAUAUAUAUUCAAUGCCAAAUACAUGUACACUGUAUUUUGAUUUUGAAAUAACACUUGUGAAGAAUGUGCAUGC